AAGCACAAGAAAAACGUGAGAUUAUUGCGUUGCCUUGUGUCAAGUUGGAUGUAAAUCUAAAGCUUUAUUAAAAAUAUUGGCUUAUUAUUCGAGUAUUUAGUAUUAUUGAAACUAUAUUUAACUAAUAUGGAAAGCCAACUGCUUAUUUUAAAUGUUGAGAGUUAGUUUAGAAGCGAAUUUCUUAUCAUGUCAAAUCAAGUUACACAAUUUGUAGCGGGUUUAAAGUCCCGCAAUGUCGAUAUACAAACUAAAACGGCUCGGGAGCUUUACCACUAUGCAAAAACAGAAUUACGUGAAGUACCACAAGAGGAACUUACCCAAUUCCUCGACGAAUUUAACCAUCAGAUAUUUGAAAUGGUCUCGAGCAAUGAUGUUCACGAAAAGAAAGGAGGAGUGCUGGCUAUCGUUUGCCUCAUCGGUGGCGACUGUGAUACAACCAAAACUCGAAUUACAAGGUUUGCAAACUAUUUGAGAAAUUUGCUUCCUUCCUCCGAUGUUGGUGUAAUGGAAUUAGCUGCAAAAACUGUUGGACGAUUGGCAACUGUAUCUGGUGUGAAACGAGCUGAAUAUGUUGAAUUUGAAGUGAAAAGAGCCUUUGAGUGGUUAUCAGAAGAAAGAAAUGAGGGUAGACGACAUUCUGCAGUUUUACUGCUUAAAGAACUAGCUAUUGCUAUGCCAACAUACUUUUAUCAACAAGUUUCCGGUUUCUUUGAUCAUAUAUUGGUUGCACUAAAGGAUCCAAAGCAACAGAUAAGAGAGGCUGCAGCAAAGGCUCUUAGAGCCGGUCUUGUUGUCACUGCUCAAAGGGAAACUGCAAAGCAGUCUACUGCAAAGCCACAAUGGUAUUUGCAGUGCUAUGAAGAGGCUAUGGUGUCUUUUGAAGACAUUCCUUUUAAAGAAAAAGGUAUUACUAAAGAGGAUAAAGUGCAUGGAGGUCUUCUUAUCCUGAAUGAACUCUUAAGAUGUUCAAAUGCAGAAUGGGAAAAAAAAUACACAGAUUUAAUGCAAAGCUUAGAUACACAGAGAGAUAUAACUGUGUCUGAUGAUAUUAUAUUUAUAAGUUCAAAGUUACAUAGUCCUUCAGUGAAGAGAGGGUACCUUUGUGAUGGUUUUAAGACAGAGAAUGUUCAGUAUCCUGUACCAAUAUAUGAGUCUGAAGUUUGUAAAAAACUAUUAAAUGAAGAGUAUGAUAGAAUUUGUCAAGAUGUCAUGAACCAGAGGCUGUUUAAAACUCAAGGAGUUCCCCAAAUUCUACUAAUACUAAUACCAAGGCUAGCUGCAUUUAACAAAGAAGUUUUCCUUAAGAAAUACCUGAACUCUACUAUGCAUUAUCUGCUGACAUCACUUAGAAGUAGAGAGAAAGAUAAAAAUAUGGCAUUUACUACACUAGGGCUAAUGGCUGCAGCCAUUGAAGGUGAUAUUAAAAAUUAUAUACGCACAAUAAUGGACUUCAUAAAGCAAGCAUUACCAAUAAGAGAUUCCCAGACGAAAAAACGAAUAUGGAUCGAUCCAUCCAUUUUUGCAUGUAUUACAUUGCUGGGAAGUGCGGUAAAGGAUUUGGUGAUCAGUGAUAUUAAGGAACUUCUGGAUGCAAUGUUUGCUACAGGUCUUAGUCCGUCGCUGACAAUUUGCCUUAAAGAAUUAAGUGAAAACCUACCAUCACUUAGAGAAGAAAUAUCAGAAGGACUGCUUAAUAUGCUGUCAUUGGUUUUGAGGAACAAACCAUUCCUCCAUCCCGGUGUUCCUAGGAGUAUGGAACAACAGAGUAGUAUGAGUCUAGUUAUAGAGCCCCACGAUACGGCAAUUAUAGUAUUGGCUUUACGAACUUUAGGUACAUUCCAAUUUGAAGGCCAACAUAGUCUGCUUACGUUUGUAAGGCGAUGCGCCGAUCAUUUCUUACAAAGUGACCAACAAGAAAUUAGAUUGGAAGCAGUCAAAACUGCUGCUAAAUUGCUGGCUGAUGCCACUGUUAGAACAAAGAAUAAUCCUUCCAGAACCCUCACCAUGCUGACUGCGGAAGUCGUGGGCAAAAUGUUAGUCGUGUCCGUCACAGAUCCGGAGUACGAAGUGCGCUAUUGGGUUUUAGAAUCAUUGACCGAAAUAUUCAACACACAUUUAGCACAAAUAGAAAAUCUUAGCUUCCUAUUUAUAGCGAUGAACGACGAACAUUUGGAAAUACGUGAGCUAGCUAUUUGUACGAUAGGACGAUUAAGUACCGUCAACCCGGCGUACAUAAUGCCAGGUCUUCGAAAGACUUUGAUACAAUUCUUGACUGAAUUGGAACAUUCUGGAAUGAGUAGAAACAAGGAGCAGGCGGCUAGAAUGCUAGACAAUUUAAUAUUGCACGCCCCGAAACUCGUUAAGCCGUAUAUGGAGACAAUUCUUAAUGUUUUAGUACCAAAGCUUAAGGAGUCUGACUCGAAUCCAGGCGUUGUAAUAAGCGUUUUAAAGGCAAUAGGAGACUUAGCUGAUGUUCACGGCGAUAGCAGUGGCCUUAAGAAAUGUCUGCCAGAGUUAUUAAGCAUUCUCUUGGAACUUCUUUCAGAUGCUAGUGCGACUGAUAAGAGAAGUGUAGCUCUGUGGGCAUUCGGUCAAUUGAUUAGUGCAACAGGCUACGUAGUCACACCUUACACAGAGUAUCCCAACCUUAUGGAUGUCCUUUUAAAUUUCCUUAAAACGGAACAACAGCCAAAAGAUCGAAGAGAAACUAUACGUGUUUUGGGUUUAUUGGGAGCCCUAGAUCCUUACAAACAUAAAUUGACCCGAGGUUUAAUCGAUGGGCAGCCAGAUUCCAGUCUUGUCCCGGUCGCAGAUAGUAAAGCUGAAGAAAAUAAUUUCGAUAUGACUACGAGCGAAAUGUUGGUUAAUAUGUCGUCAACACUCUUAGACGAGUAUUAUCCUGCUAUAGUCAUAUCAACACUUAUGCGAAUUCUUCGCGAUCCGACACUGCAACAGCAUCACACGAGUGUAGUACAAGCUGUCACUUUCAUAUUCCAAUCGUUGGGCAUUAAAUGUGUUCCAUACAUAUCUCGAGUCACUCCCAGUCUUUUGUACGUAGCCCGGUCUACAGAUAGUAAUAAUUUCCGAGAAUUCUUAUUCACGCAGCUCGCUAAAUUGAUCGCGAUCGUAAAGCAACACAUUCGUAAUUAUUUGGAUAAAAUCUUCGACUUGAUCAAAGAAUUCUGGUCACCGAAUAGCGCCUUGCAGCCUACCCUUAUAUUAUUAGUAGAACACAUCGCUGUUGCGCUUGGUUCAGAAUUCAAAGUUUAUUUGCCACAACUUAUGCCGCAUAUAUUACGUGUUCUCGCACACGAUACCAGUAAAGACAGAUUCGUGACAGAAAAACUUCUCUACGCGCUGCAAAAGUUUGAGGACAAUCUCGACGAUUAUAUGCAUUUGAUUAUACCGUCGAUAGUUAAGUUGUUUGAUACCACUGACUGUCCUAUUCCUGUGGCGAAAGUAGCUAUGGAGACAGUCGAUUAUCUAUCAGACUCCUUGAAUUAUAGUGAACUAGUUUCCAGAAUAAUCCAUCCUCUUGUUAGAAGCUUGGAUACUUGUCCUGCACUACGCACGACUGCAAUGGAUACGUUGUGUGCAUUGAUUAUCCAGCUCGGUAGAAAAUACACGGACUUUAUACCUUUAGUGCAGAAAGUUAUAGUAAAGCAUAAAAUUCAACAUCAAAACUAUGAGCUAUUGUUAUCUAAGAUUCAAUCUACUACGACAUUAGGAGUUGAUGAUGGCUUGCAAAGUACUCGAAGGAAACCAAGAAAUAAUAAUCAAGAGGCUCGCAUAGUGUUUGCGGAUACGUCACAGUCGAUACGAAAGUUGUUUGUGAACGCACACAACUUGAAGGUAGCGUGGACUGUGAGCAGCCGCGUGUCCAAAGACGACUGGCUGGAGUGGCUGCGUCGGUUCAGCAUAGGCCUCCUGACUGAAUCUCAUAGUCCCGCUCUUAGAGCAUGUCUAGCGUUAGCACAUAACUACUCCCAACUACUUCGGGAUCUGUUCAACGCGGCAUUCGUAUCGUGUUGGACCGAGUUAGAGGCACCAGCGCGGGCUGACCUGUCCAGUGCGCUGGAGCAAGCCCUAACAGCGCCCGAUGCUCCAGAACUAGCACAUACCGUUCUAAACCUGGCCGAGUUCAUGGAGCACUGUGAGGGCGGAGCCCUACCCAUAACUACCAGUACACUCGGAGAACGUGCUAUGCGAUGUAGGGCGUAUGCGAAAGCUCUUCAUUAUAAGGAAGAAGAAUUCCGAAGUGGUGCUACAUCUCAAGUAGUAGAAGCCCUUAUACAUAUAAAUAAUAAACUGCAACAGAAAGAGGCAGCCGAAGGCUUAUUGGAGAGAGUGAUGGCGCAGCGCGAGGCCGGCGACGCGGACCUACAGGUCCAAAUACGCUGGUAUGAGAAGUUACAUAACUGGGAGAAAGCACUCAAUUUGUAUGAUGAUUCAUUGACCGCUGACCCUGAGAAUAUGGAAGCGUGUUUGGGAGAAUUAAGAUGUUUCGAAGCCCUCGGCGAAUGGGUUAAGUUAUACACAACCGUCUCCAAACAAUGGCCAAAUAUGUGCGAUGAUGAAAAGUUCCAAGCGGCCAAAUUAGCCGCUGCCGCAUCUUGGGGUAUGAGCGAAUGGGAGUCAAUGGCAAAUUACGUCAGCUUCCUCCCAGAAAACACUCAAGACGGUGCUUUCUACAGAGCAGUACUAAAUAUUCACAAAGGCGAUUACAAUUUAUCGAAAAUGUAUAUCGACCAAGCUAGAUCAUUGUUAGAUUCCGAACUAACAGCCGUAGCCGGGGAGAGUUACCAGCGCGCCUAUGGUGCAUUAGUAAGUGCUCAACUUCUUGCCGAAUUAGAGGAAGUCAUCACUUAUAAGCUUGUGUCGGAAAGAAGGGAAUCUAUAAGGCAAGCAUGGUGGACGAGGCUUCAAGGUGGCCAAAGAUUAGUUGAAGAUUGGCGUAAGAUUUUGCAAGUACGUAGCUUGGUAUUGACGCCUCAAGAAGAUAUGGCGACGUGGCUCAAAUUUGCAUCUCUUUGUCGAAAGAGCGGGGCUCCAAGGCAAGCUCAUAGGACAUUGGUUAUGUUGUUGGGCAUAGAUCCAAGUGAGAACCGAGACUUACCGUUGCCGACUCACGAGCCGAGGUUAACACUGGCGUAUGCAAAACACUUAUGGGUAGCAGGAGAUAAACAGUUAGCCUACGAUCAGUUACAACGCUACGUGGAGACGGUAGAAACCGGCGACGCCGAACAUUGCAGGCUUUUAGCUCGUUGCCAUCUAAAACUUGGAUCUUGGUGUGAAUCUAUCUUGGGUAUAAACGAGCUCUCUAUCCCAGAAAUACUCCGCAAUUACGCGGCGGCGACCAACCUAUCCUCGGAUUGGUAUAAAGCGUGGCACGCCUGGGCUUACAUGAAUUUCGAAACCGUGUUGUUUUACAAACAUCAAGAAACUAAUAACGACAAUUCUGAAACUAAAAAGACAACUCCGGAGUUUAUCCAACAGCAUACGGUUCCAGCAGUCGAGGGUUUCUUUAAAUCAAUCAAUCUAUCGCACGGCAGUUCAUUGCAAGAUACUCUACGAUUGUUGACUCUGUGGUUUGACUAUGGUCACCAUCCUGCCGUUCACGAGGCUUUGGUUGAAGGGAUCAGAACUAUCGAAAUAAAUGUUUGGCUUCAAGUGAUUCCGCAGCUGAUAGCACGCAUCGAUACCCCCAGAGCUUUAGUUGGGAAAUUAAUACAUUCGCUGUUAAUCGACAUCGGUAAAUCGCAUCCGCAAGCUCUAGUUUAUCCACUCACUGUUGCUUCUAAAUCAUCAUUUGUAGCAAGAAAGAACGCCGCCAAUCAAGUUUUAAAAUCAAUGUGUACUCAUUCAAGCAAUUUAGUCAACCAGGCGGCCAUGAUUUCCGAAGAGCUAAUCAGAGUAGCGAUACUCUGGCACGAACAGUGGCACGAGGCGCUGGAAGAAGCUUCUAGAUUAUAUUUCAGUGAACACGACGUCAAGGCGAUGUUUAAGACUUUGGAACCAUUGCAUGCGAUGCUUGAAAGAGGACCUAACACAUCCAAAGAGGCGUCCUUUACUCAGGCUUACGGAAGAGAUCUGAAUGAGGCACAAGAGUGGUGUAAUCGAUACAAGGAGUCAGGUCAGGUGCGCGACCUGAACCAGGCGUGGGACCUGUACUACCACGUGUUCCGGCGCAUCAGCCGGCAGCUGCCGCAGCUGACGACGCUGGAGCUGCAGUACGUGAGCCCGCGCCUGCUGGGCUGCCGCGAGCUGGAGCUGGCCGUGCCCGGCUCCUACGUGCCCGACUCGGACCUCAUACGUAUCGCACAUAUACAGAGCAGCUUGCAGGUAAUAACAUCAAAGCAAAGACCUCGACGUCUCUGCAUCCGUGGCUCGAACGGCAAAGAUUACAUGUUCUUAUUGAAAGGCCAUGAGGAUUUACGUCAGGAUGAACGUGUGAUGCAACUCUUUGGUCUAGUUAAUACGCUACUUCAGGCAGACCCUGAUACGUUUAGAAGAGAUUUGGCCAUACAAAGAUAUGCAGUUAUACCAUUAUCCACUAACUCCGGUCUCAUCGGCUGGGUGCCUCACUGCGACACAUUACACUCUUUAAUCAGAGAUUACAGGGAUAAGAGAAAAAUUCUACUGAAUAUCGAGCAUAGGAUAAUGCAACGAAUGGCUUCCGAUUUAGAGAAAUUAAUGCUAAUGCAAAAGGUUGAAGUAUUCGAACAUGCGCUAGAGCAUACAGCCGGAGAUGAUCUAGCUAAGUUACUCUGGCUUAAGAGUCCAUCAUCUGAAGUGUGGUUCGAGAGACGCACCAACUACACGCGGUCGCUGGCCGUCAUGAGCAUGGUGGGCUACAUCCUCGGCCUCGGAGACAGGCAUCCCUCCAACAUCAUGCUCGACAGGGUAACAGGAAAGUUCUUGCACAUUGAUUUCGGAGACUGCUUCGAAGUUGCAGUCACCAGGGAAAAGUUCCCGGAGAAGAUACCAUUCAGAUUAACCAGGAUGCUUAUCAAUGCUAUGGAGGUAACCGGUAUCGAAGGUACGUAUCGUAGAACUUGUGAAUCAGUGAUGGAAGUUUUACAUAGACAUAAAGACAGUGUGAUGGCGGUACUUGAGGCUUUUGUAUACGAUCCACUCCUCAACUGGAGGCUGAUAGAUGCAGCGAGACGCUCCCGAGGUGACGGAGACCCAUCCGAAGUACCCACAUCACCUAUAACAUUUAAAACAAGACCUCAAAUUGGAGUAAAUGAUACUCUAGAUCAGCCAGCGGAGACCAAUCUCAAUAAACGAGCCUUAGUAAUAGUAAAUCGAGUUAGAGACAAAUUAACAGGUCGUGAUUUUACACAUAUAGAUGAUCUAUCUUGCAUUUCAGUACAGAAACAAGUUGAAUUGUUAAUACAACAAGCGACAAGUAAUGAAAAUCUUUGCCAAUGUUAUGUCGGAUGGUGUCCUUUCUGGUAACUUUGUCAGUUCAUUUUACUCCCAUAUAUGACAUGUUAUUUAAAUAUUUUUUUUAAUUGCCUUUUGUUUUUCAAUAGCUUUGAAAUUAAUUUCACCAGUUACUUUUAAAUUAAUAUUGACAUUAACCUGUUACAUUUUAUUUUCGUCCUAAAAUUGUGCAAGGUAAUCUCCCUCACUUUAUGAGAGAUUUCCCCAGAUUGUGUAAAUUAUAUACCUAUAUUAUAUAAGGGAAUUUAAAAAUUGAAAAUAACACUAAAUGUUUAUAAACUCUUAAUGCAUUAUAUUAAUAUUUUGCAUUUAUAAAUCUGUAAUUUACACACUGCCAAAGAAAUUAUGAAUUGGUGUGUUUGUUCGUAAGUAUAUAUUGUAUAACUACUGCUUAUGUAUGUAUUCUCUGAUUAUUAUAUAAUAUAAGGAUAGGUAAUUUGGAAUGUAAACUAGACAUAAUUGAUAUGAUAACAUAAAAAUCAUUUUAUUUUAAUUGAUUAUUUUAAAAUGUUUUUCACUAAAGUAGAAUCUUUUGUAUGUUAUGUCUCCGCACUCUCGAAACAUUCAUAUAAGAUGUUUCUUAACGACUACUAUGUUUUGUGUAACCUAUUGUGUUCCAUAUUAAAAAAAAAUAAAGCCCUCCCAUGCCAGGAUUUUUUUGUUCUUGGUUAGUCUAUGAUUCGUAAUUUAAAUACUCUUGAUGUUAAAAUAUUACGGUUGUUAUAAUUGUAAAAAAAUAAAGCUGGCUAUGAAUAUUUUGCUUUGGUAAUUAUUUUAAUUUAAUUAAAAAUAAUAAUUUUAUUGGGUUGGAAUUGGUAACGUGAACGGCAAGGGCAAGCUUAAUACCGAAUCCAUUUGCCGUGAUUUAACCCGCUAAAACAAAAUAAAGUAUUGUUGUCCCGGUCAUUCUCUUUAAAAAGUUUAAAAACAACGUUUUUCGGAAAUAAGUAGUGGACACCAUCCGUCAAAUAACACGUUUUUGUGUUGGAAAUUUUGUGAUUGAUUUACUCGUGAUAAAUGAUUUAAGUUUAGCAUUUAUAGGUAAGCUGUACCUAUUUUGGUUUAACGCAAUUUUUUGUCUUUAAUAAAAAAAAAAUGGAAUGCAA